AUGCAUUUGAUAUCUGUGCGAGUAUGGCUACUUUGGCUCGGAACUUUGGCUGCGAUGGCAGAGCAUCCAGACUUAGCGGCCAGUCAAGAUCCUUCUUACCAACAUGCGUGUCCGGAUUACCAGAAAUAUGUCACCUUUCUGCACCGACCACUCUCAGAAGGACAAUAUGCAUUACCUUUCCAGAGACCUUCGGAACAUUGCCGGACAUUCACUUCGCCACUGGUCGAAAAGGUCAUUGAGGACAUGAAUGAGAAGAUGGUAGACAAAGACCUGGCAAGGCUGUUCGAGAAUGCGUUCCCGAAUACACUGGAUACGACGGUGCGAUGGCAUACGGAUGGAAAGACUGAGCAUACAGAGUUGAAGAAGAGAGCUUCCAAAAACUCUGGCAAAUGGGAAGGGCCUCAAUCGUUUGUGGUUACCGGAGAUAUCAACGCGGAAUGGCUGCGGGACUCGACGAACCAGCUCUUGCAAUACCAGCCAUUGGCCUCGAAGGACGAAAAGAUAUUUAAUCUCAUACUGGGAGCUAUCAACACCCAAGCGGAGUUUGUGAUUGAGUCACCGUACUGCAAUGCUUUCCAACCUCCUCCAGCUUCGAAAUUAUCAGUUACUCCAAACGGGCAAGACGAUGUUGUGCAUCCAGCAUACGAAUCGUCCUUUGUUUUCGAGUGUAAAUACGAAUUGGAUUCUCUAGCCCACUUCCUUGCCAUUGGAAACUCUUUCUACAACAGUACGAAAUCCCUAGACUUCCUUACACCGCGGUGGUACAAGGCUCUAGACACAGUGCUAUUGGUCCUCGACCAACAAUCCCAAUCAACAUUUGAUGCCGAAACCGGAAGAUUCAAGCGCAACGCGUAUACAUUCAGUCGCCGCACCGAUCAAGGCACCGAAACCCUCCCCCUGUCCGGCGUCGGCAACCCCCUCAACUACGGCACCGGCCUGAUCCGCAGCGCUUUCAGACCCAGCGACGACGCCGCUAUCCUCGGCUUCUACAUCCCCGCGAACGCCCAAAUGGCCGUGGAGCUCAAGAAGACAGCCGCCAUCCUCGCGGCAGCCAAUAAAUUAGGGCUCUCGCAGACCCUCGAAAAGCGAGCCCAGACCAUCAAGGACGCGGUCUGGGCCCAUGCCGUUGUACCCACCAGGAACCACGGCCGUGUCUUCGCUUACGAGGUAGACGGCUACGGCUCCCAGAUCCUCAUGGACGACGCUAACGUGCCCUCCCUGCUCGCCCUGCCCAUCAUGGGAUUCCUGGAUCGCACCGAACCCGUGUAUCAGAAUACACGGAAGAUGCUGUUGAGCAAAGCGGGGAAUCCGUAUUAUCUGGUGGGUAAAGAUUUCCAUGGCAUUGGAGGCCCGCAUGUCGGGCCUCAAAAUGCGUGGCCGAUGAGCUUGCUGACGCAGGCUAUGACCUCGGAUAACGACACCGAGAUUAUGGAGUGUGUUAACCUGGUGCUGAAGGCGAGCAAGUUGGGAUUGGUGCAUGAGAGUAUCAAUGUGAAUUAUAUCCAGGAUUAUACGAGGAGUUGGUUCGCUUGGGCAAACAGCGUCUUCGCGCAAACGAUCCUCGAUCUCGCGAAUAGGAAACCGCAUCUAUUGUUUGGGGAGAGUGCAAAGCCGUAUAUAGUUGGAGAGUGA